AUGGCACCAGAGAAGCUGCCCACAGAAAAUGAGCAAAGAUGCUCUCCCGCAGAGCUCUUGCUCAAGGUUAUCCUUGCCGGCACAUUGAGCCAUUAUGAGACUCGAGGCAUGAUUGACGACAAACAGCUAGAACAAAUGUUAGCUGCAGAGAAGAAAAUUGUGUCAAAAACCCGAAACGAGAUGGACGUUAGACAGAGUUUAGCACUUUCGCCCGACGUCUGGCAAGGCCUUACUGAUGUCCUUACUAAAGCUAUUCCACAUCUCGAAUCACAAUCGUUCGCCUGGAAAAGUCCCCCGACUUCGACAUACGAGCAGUCGUCUUCAAACCUCAUCGCAUAUAAUUACUUUAGCCUAGUCAAAGACAUUGAACGUUUACGCGACCUAUGCACCAUAGCUCGAAAUCUGCUCGCGACAACCAACAGAGCGCAAAAUCUAGCAGCGGAAAAGGGGUUUGACCAGCGGAUACUGGCAUUGAUUGACACAUGUGUUAGGGUCACUGCACGAGGCUUCGACGGAGAAUCCAAUGCGAGAAACGAAGAACGCUGGCAAAAAGUUGUCAAUCUUUAUAAAAGCCUAUUGAUAAUUUGCUUGCAAUUUUUGAACAAUUUCAUCAUGCAGAAUGAGCAGCGCAAGCUUGUUCUUUGGUUGGAUUUGUUUGGAUAUCACUCCAAUGGCGACCAUAAGGUCAUAAUGCCUGGCGAACCGUUGGACCCAGCUAGUCCAGCACCACAGGGAGUUGCACCAAUCGUGCGAACUGGAGAGCGGCUUAUUGGAUCUUUAAGAUGCGAACAGACCGCGGAGGAUAUGCUGCUUGAGUCUUUAUCAACUUCUCCCAAAGAACCCCUUACUGUCAAGGAAGAGGCUGCCAUGCUACUACUUGCCCAAAUCAAAGAUCAUAUGGAAAAGAUACUGGGUCGAGACAUGAAGGAGAUACAAGAGAUGGGCAAAGACCCCGAACAAGUCAAUCAAGUACGGAGCGCUCUUACUGAAAUUCUCUCUAACAAGGCGGAUGAAAUGAAGAGUUUGAAAGGGAGAACGCUGGAUUCUGGAGAAUCAGAUGACGAGACAAGACGGCAGCCUAUAUUAUGUAUCGACAGGAGUGCUACAACAGGUUAUCCUCGAGUAUGUUGGGCGGAUUUUCCUGAUUUCGAAAGAUUCAAAGCAAUUACAGCGGAUGGUCCUUUAAGUGAGGAAGAGACCAGUGUACCGCGAAUCUGGCAAUCUGGUGCUGCCGCCUUGACAGUAGCCAAGGAGGAACUGAUGGCACGCGCACAGGAGGCUUCUCAGGCUUUAGAAGAAGGCGACGAACAUUACGAUCAUGAUGACGGAUAUGCUGAAGAUGACGGCCAUAGCCUUGAUGAUGGUGCUGAGGGCAGCCUUGACGAAGAAGAGGAAGAGGAUGACGAUGAUGAUGACUAUCGUGGUAGACCUGGCGAUCAACAGCGAGGAUUACUGACAGACAUUCCACUUGUUCUGGGACCUGCAGAGAUAGAAGCUCUCCCAAUGAUUAUCAAAGCUGGAAUCAUUGAUGCGGCGGGGACAAAAAGCGCAGAGCGUGAGGUGAUAAGCAACAUGCAAGCUAUUCGCUGUCAUAUACUGCUAACGCAGGAUACCGGACGUAAUUUGCUUCGCGAAUUGCUUAUUUUCAUUGCCGCCUGGGACUUGCCGGAUGACGAGGUGUACUUCCAAUUCAUGGUGCAAAUCAUGGAGGCCAUUCUGAAGAACGGGUUAAUGUCUCAUGCAUACGCGGACUUUGGCCAGCAAAAGGACAUCAUCUCGCCAGCACAAGCUGUUGUCAUCAAGAUCCUUACACACAUCUUUCGCAAUAAGUACUCACCAGCCUCUUCCAGCGACGGUCAAUCUACCGAAACGAAACAGCCGCCGCCGCUAUCACGAGUAGAUGUGCUGACAGUGCGAUAUAUCUUCUCCAUCUUCCGGGGCACCAUUAUACCCGAGACAUGCGGUCUCAUUUACCUGCAAGGUCAAAUCCGUGCCAACAAGGCACUCCCAGAAGAUUUUCCUCUGAACCUAUGGGAUAUGGAACGGGUGUACGAAGGAGUAUAUCAGUUCCUGGAGUUCUUCGCCGUGCUCACAGAGAAUAAUGACUGGAAGAAUCUGAUUGUCAAGUGGGAGAUUGUCUACGAUCUCGUCACAUUGAUCAGUGAAUUAGACGCCAAUAUCCCCAAGGGCCCACUCAGUGCUAUGGUUACAAACCCAGCAGGGUCAUCAAACGGGCGAACUGCCGCGGCCAACAACCAGCCCGAUACUCCUGGCAGCCAGCAACAAAACCCUCCACCAGUUGCCGUGGAGCGUCCCUACGACCCAACAGAUGUCGACCCUGUGGACGAGAACAUCGACGAAACCGGCUCUCGAGCAGAAUCACCGCCCAUCACAGAAGACCCCUGCGAAUUUGAAUGGCGCAACUUGAAAAAACUCAUCGUCCUAGUCCUGUCAUCACUCGUAUGGCGAUGUCCCGAAGUCCAGAACCAGAUCCGCAAAUUCGGUGGUGUCGAAGCGAUCUUGUCCUGCACCAGCUUUGAUGCACAUAACCCAUACAUGAAGGAACAUGCAGUUAUGUGUUUGAAGUUUUUGCUUGAGAAUAAUAAGGAGAAUCAGAAGAUUGUUGAGGAACUCGAGGCGAGAGAAGUCGUGAGGGAUGAUAGUGGCGUGUUGGCGAAGACGGGACAUGAGGCGGUUGUUGAUGGUGUGGGGAAGUUGACUAUUCAGAAAGUGGUGCCUUCUUCCUCGACUUCGAAUGUGGUUGAAGAGGUUUUGGAUGAGUAG